AUGGAGUUGCCAGUUGUGAUCCAGUUAAGAAAAAAUGAAUCAGAAGAGUGGGUUGAAAUUCCCUUUACUUAUUAUCUCACAGAUCAAGGUAGUUUUUCAGUAUUAGGAGACCCUGAAGAAUUUGGCUCAAACGGAAUGCAUCAGCGAAUUACUCAAGAUAUUAUUAACUUUUGUAUUAUAACGAACAACAUAGCCGUUACUCGGUUUUUAAUAAAUCGUGUUUCACGAAGAAACUUGUCAAUGGACCAACUUGAACUUAUUCGCGACCCUCGACCAAUAUCUAGUGUUCAUAGCGGUAGACGUCACUCGACAAGCUCCGACGAAGAUACAUACCUCCCAACAAUUCAUUCUCGUAGAAAAAGUUCGCUGGCUUUAGAAAAGGCGGAGGGUGGUUUUAAGGGUGCCGCUUCGUUAGAAAGAAAGGCUACCUUUAGACUGACCCUUGCUAAUAAGCCAAGAAACCGAAUGUGGCUUCGCUCUAUCGCAUUUUUAUUGACAAUUUUUGGGUUAAUUUAUUUCUUUCUUCAGGAGGAUAAAUUCAAUUUCAAUCUUGAAUCUGAUGUAACAGAAGCAAUAAAUGAAAAGGUACAAGAUACUUCAAACAUACCUAUUUUAGAAGAUGAACCUUCAACUCAAGAUAUUGAUAACUCAAAAAUUUCUACUAAGCUUAAAUCUAUACAUUGUACUGUUUCGCAUCCGGGACGUCCAUUAAUUCAAUAUACAUUAAUGAUUGAUGCCGGAUCAACGGGAUCUCGUAUUCAUGUAUAUCGAUUUAAUUAUUGUAAAGAAUCUCCUGAAUUAGAGGAUGAAAUUUUUAAUUAUACUUUACCAGGACUUUCUGCUUAUCCAAAUGAUCCUUUAGCUGCUGCAAAAAGUUUGGAUGGUUUGUUAGAUGUAGCAUUAAAAAAUGUUCCCCCAGAAUUAUAUCAUUGUACACCAGUAGCUGUUAAAGCAACGGCUGGAUUACGUAUGUUAGGUCCAUCAAAAAGUGGACGGAUAUUAGAAGCUGUGGAAAAUCAUUUGAAAAAAAAUUAUCCAUUUCCUAUAGUACCAAAAGAUGGUGUUGUGAUUAUGGAUGGUAAAGAUGAAGGAGUCUAUGCUUGGAUCACUGUAAAUUAUUUGUUAGAAAGAAUUGGAAAAUCUAAAAAAUUAUCUACGGCUGCCAUAUUUGAUUUAGGUGGUGGUUCGACUCAAAUUGUUUUUGAACCAGAAAUGGAUGAUGGUACAGUACUUGAAACCGGAGAUCAUCGAUAUGAAUUAUCAUUUGGUGGACAUGUAUAUGAACUCUAUCAACAUUCAUAUUUACAUUAUGGACUUAUGGAAGCAAGAAAAUCAAUUAAAAAUUUUAUUGCAGAUUUAUGGCUUAGUGCUUCCGAUGAUGAUAAAUCUGGGAUAUAUGAAAUGAUAGGAUCUGAUUUAAAUAUUAAAGGAGAUUAUAUCCCUCAUCCUUGUUUACCAAAAAAUCAUUUAGAAAAAUUGUCUUUCGAUUAUAAUAUAACAUUAAUUGGUACCGGUGCGGGACAUGCUCAAUGUCGAUUCGUCGCGGAACAAGUACUUAACAAAGAUAAAACAUGCCUACUUUCACCAUGUGCAUUUGAUGGAAUAUAUCAACCUCCACUGAAAGAUACAUUUUCAGUACAAGACAUAUAUGCAUUUUCGUAUUUUUAUGAUAGAAUUUAUCCAUUAGGAAUGCCAUCAGAAUUUUCGCUUAAAGAACUUCGGGAUUUAACUGAUUCGAUAUGUUCAGGAAAUAUAGAACAAUUUUCACAUUUACCUGAAGCGAUGAAAGAAAUUCGAAAGAAUCCUUAUUAUUGUAUGGAUUUAACAUUUAUUUAUGGAUUAUUACAUAUUGGAUAUGAAAUUCCAUUAGAAAGAGAAUUAAAAAUUGCAAAAAAAAUAAAUGACAUUGAGACAGGAUGGUGCCUUGGUGCCGCAAUCGCAGUUAUGGAUCAAAAUGCAUGGUGUAAAUCAACAUCAACAUAG